AUCCUAGAGAUUCUAGAACCUUUAUUUUAAAUUUAACUCCAAAGGUACAUGGAGGGGUAGGUCAGGGUUUAAAGUAGUUACUACCACCACUGCCAGAUAGCACUCACUGUGAAAGUAGUUUGUCUAAAUACCCUCAAGAAAUAAGAAAAAAAAACCCAUUCAGUGAACCCACCGAUCGUUGCCGGAUAUUGUUAUACGUUUUGAUUCCCUCAGAUUUCCUCGAUGUUUUUCACCGGUUCUGCAUCACAGGAACCUAAACAACAUUGGGUUUAGGGAAAAUGCACCUAAAAGGACAUUUAAUAAUUCUCGGCAAAAUGUGCAGGUGCCUAGAUGUAGGGAGUAAUAAAAAGUGAUAAAAAUAUGGGCUCACAAAAAAUCAGAUCAGGUUACUCCGAAAAGUAGUCGCGCGUAAAAAUGACGUUUUGUCGUGUUUCGUUCUUGUAUUUAUUUACCGGUCAGAUCCACCGUGGAAUUACCUCCUCGUGUUGAUACAUUGUGGAUCACUUUUUUCUUUCUCUCUUUCUUUUUUUUCGUUGUGAUAAAAAGGCAAAUAAAAACCGGUUGAAUUAUUCGGUUAAUGUGAGAGUGAAUAUUUAUUGAUAUGUUUGUAUUUUGAUAUAUGAUAUGGGAGUUCCUGAACGGGGUGUUUUGACGGCGAUCGUGGGUAUAACUGCGUUCGCCGUUUAUUUUAAUAGCCUCGGCUGUGGUUUUGUGUUUGACGACAUCUCAGCAAUUAAGGAUAAUCGAGAUUUAAGACCUCAUACGCCCUUAAAAAAUGUCUUUUUUAAUGACUUUUGGGGCACGCCGAUGCAUAAGGAACAGUCUCACAAAUCAUACAGGCCACUUUGUGUUCUUACAUUCCGUUGGAAUUACCUGAUCCAUCAACUUGAUCCUAUGGGCUAUCAUCUGUUGAAUGUAUUCCUGCAUAUUGGAGUAUGCAUAUUAUAUUUUAGGACAUGCUUGAUGUUUGUAUCAGAUUUAGCAAGUUUUAUAUCGGCUGUGUUGUUUGCAGUUCAUCCUAUACACACAGAGGCUGUUACGGGUGUUGUUGGGAGAGCAGAAACUUUAUCAUCACUAUUUUAUCUCGCUGCUCUCAUAACUUACACAAAAUGUUGCAAGAGUAAACGAUCCACCGGUUGGCAAUCCCUGCUAUUAUCGAUGUUUUUCGUUUUCAUUGCAAUGUUGUGCAAGGAACAAGGAAUAACCGCAACCGCAGUGUGUGUUCUCUAUGAGAUUUUUGUCGCACAAAGGGUGAGAGCUUUGGAUAUUAUUUUAGCAAUUAAGUCAACGCUUGAUGGUAAAAAAAUUUCUCCAACAUGGUCGAAUGAGGGCACAAAACGUCUAAUGGCUUUGACCGUUGUUACGUUUAGCCUCCUUAUUUUAAGACUAAAUGUUAUGGGUUCGAAAUUACCAAUAUUUACCAGAUUUGACAAUCCAGCAUCAGUGGCUUUGACGCCAUCGAGACAAUUAACGUACAAUUAUUUAGCAGCCGUGAAUUUACGAUUGCUAUUUCUUCCAUACGAUCUAUGUUGUGAUUGGACUAUGGGGACCAUUCCCUUAGUAGAAAAUAUAAUGGAUCCUCGAAUUUUGAUGAUUAUUGGAGCACAUGGAAUUGUGAUUGGUCUCACGAUUUUUGCAAUUCUAACUCGAAAUCGUCAGACUUCGAUUGUCAUUAUAAUGAGUCUAGCUAUGAUGAUUCUUCCAUUUUUACCAGCGUCAAAUCUGUUCUUCCCGGUUGGCUUUGUAAUUGCUGAACGUGUGCUCUACGCACCGUCAAUGGGCUUUUGCAUGCUAGUCGGCUAUGGCUGGAGUGUUCUACGCGAACGUAAGAGUAAACGUUUGUCGACACUUUUUAUAUGGACAAUAUUAUUGACACAUUCGAUGAAAACUUUUGCUAGAAAUUACGAUUGGUUGGAUGAAUAUUCGAUAUUCAUGUCCGGACUGAGAAUGAAUGAUCGUAAUGCAAAAUUGUUUAAUAAUGUCGGACAUGCACUGGAGAAUCAGGGACGAUUUAAGGAGGCACUUGAUUAUUUUAAUAUGGCCGUUCGUGUUCAGGGUGAUGAUAUCGGAGCGCAUAUUAACGUUGGACGUACAUACAAUCAUUUGAAAAUGUUCAAGGAGGCUGAGGAUGCGUACCUUAAGGCAAAGUCACUUUUACCAAAAGCGAAACCAGGAGAAUCGUAUCAGGCGCGUAUUGCACCGAAUCACUUGAAUGUUUUCGUCAAUCUGGCGAAUCUUAUAGCGAAAAAUGCCACAAGACUUGAGGAGGCUGAUCUGCUUUAUAGACAGGCGAUUAGCAUGCGUGCGGAUUAUACACAAGCGUACAUUAAUCGCGGAGACGUUUUGAUAAAGAUGAAUCGGACAAAAGAGGCGCAAGAGGUUUACGAACGAGCCCUCUUCUAUGACAGUAAUAAUCCUGAUAUUUAUUACAAUUUGGGAGUUGUUUUUCUAGAGCAGGGAAAAGCUUCCCAAGCACUCGCCUAUUUGGACAAGGCAUUGGAAUUCGAUCCUGAACAUGAGCAAGCUCUGUUGAAUUCAGCAAUUUUAUUGCAAGAAUUAGGACGCGCUGAAUUGCGUAAAGUUGCUAGAGAACGUCUUCUAAAAUUAUUGAGAAAAGACUCGAAUAACGAGAGAGUUCACUUUAAUUUAGGAAUGUUGGCAAUGGAUGAUCAUGAUAUUGAGAGUGCGGAAAGAUGGUUUCGUAAUGCAGUUGCAUUGAAGGAGGAUUUUAGAUCUGCUCUCUUCAAUUUAGCUCUAUUACUUGCUGAUGAACAGCGACCCCUCGAGGCAGCUCCAUUCCUCAAUCAACUGGUCAGAUUUCAUCCCGAUCACAUCAAAGGUCUCAUUCUUCUCGGGGAUAUUUAUAUUAAUAAUAUCAAAGAUCUGGACGCAGCUGAAAAUUGUUAUCGAAGAAUUCUUCAACUCGAUCCAUCCAAUAUUCAGGGUCUCCACAAUCUCUGUGUGGUAAUGGUGGAACGCGGUAAAUUGGGACUAGCCGCUCAAUGUUUAGAACGUGCGGCAAUAAUUGCCCCACAACAGGACUACGUACAUCGGCAUUUGGCAAUUGUUAAAUCACGAAUUGAUCGUCUACCACCAGAGCAACGUGAAAAUCAAAAACCCGAAGAAUCCUUUUGGGAAGGUAUCACAUUCGAUGAGAAUGUCGAGGAUCCACCUGUUGAGCCAUUCCUCGAGAAAAGUGAUUCCGUCUUUAUGAGCCGUUCAAAUAUUCAUCAUCGUAAUUCCGAGACAACAAAUAAACGUGGCGUUAAGAAUAUAAAAAAUCAAUCAACAAAAUCAUCGCAAAGACACAAUGACGAGACAAAAAAUGAAAGUACCGAACGAAUGACUAAAUCCCCAAAUUCCAAUCCUGGAGUUUUAAAUGAUAUUUUAAAUAAUAAUGAUCUCAAAAAAUUGGAUAUUACACGAGUGCAUGGUAAUAAAGCGAAUGAGCAAUUCAAUCACACUGCAACAAAUUCUCAUUCACAAAAGAAAGUCAGUGCAUUUUCUUAGUUUAAUAAAAAAAAAAAAAGAAAGAAAAAAUAAACAAAGAAAAUUAACCCGCCGAAUGUAAUGUAUAAUGUUAAUUAAAUGUAUCUAUCGCGUCGAGGGUUAUGAUAUACUUAUUUAUAAUAGCUCCCAUGUGUGAAUACUAAAUGAAAUACAGAGUAUUGUUUUAUAUGCUGUAUAAAAUAGGACGUUUUAUAAAAUAUGUUUAAAACAAA